GAAAGGCUUCAAACUCGUCAUCCUGGAUGAAGCUGAUGCCAUGACCCAGGAUGCUCAGAACGCCCUGAGGCGAGUGAUUGAGAAGUUCACAGAAAACACCCGUUUUUGCCUCAUCUGUAACUACCUCUCCAAGAUCAUCCCCGCCCUGCAGUCCCGCUGCACGCGCUUCCGCUUCGGUCCCCUCACCCCGGACCUGAUGGUGCCCCGGCUGCAGCACGUCAUACAGGAGGAGGGGGUGGAUGUGACAGAGGAUGGGAUGAAGGCUCUGGUGACUCUCUCAAAUGGUGACAUGCGCAGAGCCCUCAAUAUCUUGCAGAGCACCACCAUGGCCUUUGGGAUGGUGACGGAGGAGAACGUCUACACCUGCACAGGACACCCCCUCAAGUCUGACAUCGCCAACAUCCUCGACUGGAUGCUGAACCAGGACUUUUCCACCGCCUAUCGCAAAAUCAUGGAGCUGAAGACGCUGAAGGGGUUGGCUCUGCAGGACAUCCUCACCGAGAUCCACCUGUUUGUGCACAGAGUCGAUUUCCCACCCUCCAUCCGCAUCCAGCUGCUGAUCAAAAUGGCAGAUAUCGAGUACCGCCUGGCUGCUGGGACCAGUGAAAAGAUCCAGCUGAGCUCCCUCAUCGCCGCUUUCCAAGUCACCAGGGACCUGAUCGUGGCUGAAGCCUGAGACCUGCUGGGUGGAUCCUCACGUGUG